UUUUUUUUUUCAUCUUUAGCAAAUCAUGAACUUGGCAGAUUACUUUGAAUGGACUAUUGACUUUGAAGGUCAACGACUUGCUGAAAACUUGACAUAUUAUUUAUUGAUUGCUGCAUCGUUAGUAGGUUUUAUUACUGGUUAUGCUCUUGAAUCCAUUCAACUGACAGUAUCCAUCUUUGCUAUUGGUUUGGCGGCUACUUUUUUGUUUGUCUUGCCACCUUGGCCAAUGUACCGUCGUCAUCCUAUUAAUUGGAGCAAAAAUGAAAAUGAAUCCGCUGCCGACAAAAAGGUAGACAAUAAGUCUGCAUCAAACUCAUCAUAGGAUGAUACCCAAACAAUAAGGAUGAUCUUUGUUAUAUUUGAUGGAUAAUAGUUGAUUCAAAGAUUACAUAGUGUAUAUUGAAUUUUUUUUUUUAUUUGAUAACAAAGAUCUGUUUGAAUAAAGAUGAUGAUGUUGAAUACAAAUGAUGAUAAUGAUGGGAUAUGACUACAAAAAAAGAUAAUGGAUAUGCUAAUGAAAGAUGGGACAAAA